UUCUUUAUGAACAGCCACUUGAAUUCCAACUGAUUUCAACCAGACUUUUUAAAUAGGCUAUAACCUUCUUAACACAACCGAGAAUGAAGGCCUUCGGUGUUGCAUGUGCAGUCGUCCUCGCAUGUACGUUCAUCCUUGAAAGCACCGCUGUUCCUUUCUCCGAGGUAAAAAAUGAGGAGGUUGGAAGCAUUGACAGUCCAGUUGGGGAACAUCAACAGCCGGGCGGCGAGUCCAUGCGUCCACCAGAGCACUUCAGGUUCAAGCGUCAGAGCCACCUCUCUCUGUGCCGUUGGUGCUGCAACUGCUGUCACAACAAGGGCUGUGGCUUCUGCUGCAAAUUCUGAGGACCUGCCUGCAUUAAAACCAUCUUAUUAACUUAUUGCCUUUCAUUUCCCCCCUAUUCUUCUACACUUCUUUUGGACUCUGUGGAGAAGAUGCAAAUCUCAUUGAUGUCUUUCUCACUGCACAACCUCU